AUCUUUAUUCCCAAGAAGCAUCGGCAGCGUUUUGACCAUGUCGUGUCCCAAAGUCUCAUCAGCAAGAUCUGUCGAUCCAGGACUGAGCGCAGCAACCGUCUCCGAAGAAGCCGCAGUGAGGACCAUCAUGAGAGGCUGUUGGUGUCUACAAGGGCAGCACAAAUGCCACACUGCCAGGAUGAGUUGGGCAGGGGACUGAAGAAGAGCACUUCUCUAAUAGCUGGCAGCGUGGGCACAGGAAAGCCACAUAGGACAGUGAGGGUGUGCAAAGGAAGCAGCAGCUUCGGAUUCACUCUUCGGGGAAAUGCCCCUGUGUGGAUUGAAUCUAUUGUGCCAGGCAGCCCUGCAGAUGUGGCCGGUCUCCGACCUGGAGAUAGAAUCUUGUUCUUGAAUGGCUUGGACAUGAGGAACUGCAGUCAUGAGAAGGUGGUCUGCAUGUUGCAGGGGAGUGGGGCCAUGCCUACCUUAGUGGUGGAAGAGGGGAGCAUAUCUUACUGCACAGACUCAGAUUCGGAGACCACUAUACCAACAUCUGCUCUCACUUCACUCCAGUGGGUGGCGGAGAUCCUUCCCUCCAACAUUCGCAUCCAGGGACGCAGCUUUAGCCAACAGCUGGAACACCUACUGACUCCCACCGAGCGUUAUACAGUCUGCAAAGGCCUAGAAAGCUUCUUCCAGCACAGGAACAUUGACACCCUGAUAGUGGACAUAUACCCCGUCCUGGACACUCCGGCCAAGCAAAUCAUCUGGCAGUUCAUCUUCCAGCUGCUGACCUAUGAAGAGCAAGAGCACUGCCAACACAAAAUCGCUCGCUCGCUUCCUGGGCUACAAGGCAGCUGCCGUGGAUGCAGAUAAAGUGGCACCACAUCGGGGCUCCGUCCAUGGACAGGCAACAUAUCAAGGGAGCAUAAGAGCUGCUGAGGAAGCAAAAACAGUAACACAGUGUGACUCAAUGGAAGUUGCUCCUCGAGUGGUCCAUGGAGAACGACAAGCAGGAGAUGGGACAUCUUUACCAGAGACUCCUAACCCCAAAAUGAUGUCAGCAGUUUAUGCCGAGCUGGAAAAUCGUUUUAUCAACAGUUA